AUGAACUGCUUGGAUCAUUGCGAACACUGUGGUGAUGAUGAUGAUAAUGAUGAUGAUGAUGAUGAUAAUGAUGAUGAUCGAUUAUGGCUGACGCAUAUAGACCGUGAUCAUGAUGACACUCGAAAAACACAACUUCGAGAGAGUUGUUCAUUAUCGGUCCUCAAUCAGCGACAUUUAUCGGUUGUAAGGAACUCGAAAAGUUCCGAUAAUUUGCAUCGUGUUGUGUUACAUAACACGCCGCCUACAUCUCGAAAAUCUACAAUAUUUUUCAAUCUGAGAAGAUCAAGAAAACGUGAGAAAUAUAAUAAAAAAAGUGAUCGGACAAAUGCUAAUGAUGCUGAUAAGGGAAAAUUUUGUGGUAACACUUUUGGCACCUGCAAGAAGCACCCUGAUAAAAUACAAUCAAAGAUUGAUAAUAAUUCUCCAUUGCCAACAAUUUCAUCCACUUUGAAAAAUGAUGAUAUGGCACAAUCAUGGCAAUUGUCUAACUUAAGUUCAUCAAGAAGUUUAUUCAACCUAUUUCGGACGACACGAUCUCGUUCGGGCACUAAUAAUUGCAUUGUAUCUGCUUAUCCGGAUCCCUGUUGUUCAUCAAUAGCUUCCGAUCCUCGAUCUACAUUAAGCUCAAUGGAGGAAAAACGUAGCUCAUCGGUUAUUCGUCGCAGAAGGCCUCGAUCAGCACAUUUAGAUCCGAAUACUUUAGUUUUUCCGCCUAGGGAAGUUCCAGUACAGGAUAUUAGCGAAUUAUAUAGGCGAAUUGAGAAAUUAGGUGAAGGUAGCUAUGCUGUCGUUUACAAAUGCGAAAACAGAAGCGAUGGCAGUAUUGUUGCUCUAAAAGAAAUUAAAAUUCAUAAUCAAGAAGGAUUACCGUUUACUGCUAUACGAGAAGCAUCAUUACUGCGUGUUUUACGACAUUCCAAUAUUGUAACAUUACAUGAUAUUGUACACGAACAGAAUUCACUGGUUUUUGUUUUCGAAUAUAUG